GGAGGGUGUCGGUGUGGACAGGAGACUGUUCCCUGCCAACACACCUUUCCAGCCCUGCGGAGCUCAGCUGGCAUGGAGAUGGUGCCAGGAACAGCAGCAGAGUGCCAGAGAGCAGGAGCCCCAGCCAGCAGCUGGGGAACCACAAGGCACCUGAGGCACCUGCUCAAGCAUGCAUGGGGAAUCACAGGAUUAUAGAAUCAUCAAGGCUCGCUGUGCUGCUGCUGCAGCCGCGGCGUGGUUUCCGCCGGGCGCGGCCGCGGCCCGAGGAGCCCCCGGCGACCGCGACCGAGGCGCCGCCCGCCCCGGCGCCCCCGCGCCGCAGCCUCUGCCCGCCGUCGCCCACCGCCGCCGCCGGCCGCCCCUCGCCGCGCCGCCUGGUCAAGCCGCUCCUCUUCACUGUCGGGUUUACAGGCUCGGCGUUCGGGUCCGCUGCCAUCUGGCAGUAUGAGUCGCUCAAGUCGCGGGUCCAGACCUACUUCGAGGAAGCUCGAGCGGACUGGAUGGAUAAAAUGCGGCCGCAGAAGAGAGGUGACUUCAGAAAGCAGGUUAACAGCUGGUGGAAUAGCCUGACUGAGGGUCAGCGGACUGUGACAGGUAUUAUAGCUGCAAAUGCCUUUGUAUUCUGUUUGUGGAGGCUGCCCGGCAUGCGACGGAUUAUGUUUACAUAUUUCACCUCAAAUCCAUCCUCCAAAGCCCUGUGUUCUCCCAUGCUGCUCUCUACGUUUAGUCACUUCUCUCUGUUCCACAUGGCAGCAAAUAUGUAUGUUUUAUGGAGUUUUUCCAGCAGCAUUGUCUCUCUUCUGGGAUGCGAGCAGUUCAUUGCAGUAUAUCUUUCUGCUGGGGUUAUCUCCACUUUUGUCAGUUAUGUUGCUAAAAUGGCCACUGGAAGGUUUGAACCAUCCCUUGGAGCUUCAGGAGCUAUAAUGACUGUCCUUGCAGCCGUAUGUACAAAGAUGCCUGAAGCAAAACUGGCCAUCAUACUUCUUCCAAUGUUCACAUUUACAGCAGGAAGCGCUUUAAAAGCCAUAAUUGCAUUUGACACUGCAGGACUUGCUUUAGGCUGGAGACUUUUUGACCAUGCUGCACACCUUGGGGGAGCUCUCUUUGGAAUGUGGUACGUGACUUAUGGCCAUGAGCUCAUAUGGAAGAACAGAGAACCACUGGUGAAAGCUUGGCAUGAAUUGAGGACAAAGAACGCAGGAAAGGGAGGAGGUGGAAGAUCUAGCUGAUUCUAAUACUAGAGAUUCCUUGUGCCCAAGUGGUAUAUUACUUGAAGAUGUGGGACUGAAUUGGUUUUGAAGGGUUUUUUUGCUACUCCACAUUAAGGCUCUGAGGAGCUGAAGUUUCUAAUGUAACAAAAUUAUGUUACAAAAAUGCAUAUCCGUAGAAAAUGAACUCUGACGAAGGUGGAACAAUAAAGAUUUUUAUCCUAUUGCUUUCUGAGGUAACAGUCUGCAUUACAUUUUUAAAAGUGUAAUAAAACAUGUUUUUCAAUUAAGCGAUGUAAAUCUCUGUCCACAAAAAAAACCCUUCAAAAUGCAGUACAACUGGUUAAUACUUAGGAAAAUAAACUGAGGAAGUUAUUGAAUCGCAAACCCCCCUAAUGUCUGCCAGACAACACAAGGUGCUUUCUUAGAAGGCAAGGUUUAGACAAGUUGGACUCAACAUAAGGCUAAGGUGGUGAACUUCAGUGGUCUUCAUUGUUGGAAGGAUUGGAUGAGAGGAGCCAAAGGUCUCUUUUGUUCUUAAUCUUGAAAUACUCGAAGCAAUACUGGAUUGUUUGCCAAGGUUUACGUACUAUUUAAUGGUCCACCUUUAUUUGUUAGCUGUGGCUUAUUCAACUAGUGUUUUUCAUUUCUAUACACUUCCGUGGUGCUUUCACAUCUUGGAUUUUACUAUAAUGGUAUCUUUUUCAUAAUUAUGUGCAGGGGAAGAAUGACAUACUGUGGUUUUUGAUAUUCUGCCAUAAGUUAUACUGCUUUCUGGGUUCUUUCACUACAUUAAUUGGGGGUGGGGUGAGGGGACGUUCUUUAAGUUGUGCUUUAUUGUUAGUUCCAUUUAAGGUCCUUCUUCAGAUUUUAAAACUGUAACAUUUGGUUCAGAUUCAGCAAAACUAGGUGAAAUCAGCAACACUAUAGCCAUAACAACCAUGAUCCCUGAGAUCAGCAACACCAUAACCAGAAGUAACUACUAAAGUAAACCUGAGGGUAGUACCAUGACUAAUGUUCCUAUUUUACAAAUAAAAACAAAAACUUGA